UGUUGUUAUCUCGCCUCUCGACGCUCCCGACCCACACGCACGCGCGCAAUGCCAGGCCACCCGCUACCCCCGAGGCCAAACUUUGCGGCAGUACCGGCGGGCUCGUCGAAACGUGCCGCGCCGGGCUCGUCGCGCCAACAAAAACAGCAGCAGCAUCAGCAGCAGCCAGCACAGAACUACAACGCGUCCGGCGGGUACCCGUACAACGCUUCAGGCGGAUACCCCUACAACGCAGUGGCAGCGUACCCCAACGCGUCAGGUGGCUAUCCGUACGCUGGAGCAUACUACCCCCAGUACGGCAACGCGGCGGGCGGGUACCCGGGUUACAGCUAUGGCCAGGCGCUGUUCAACGGCCAGGCGGCGACGGCAGACGGCUAUGCCUACUCGAGCACGUACAACCCCGCCGCGCAGGCGUCAGCGUCGACCUCUGCGCCCCCGGCGCAAUCAGGCCCCGCCCCAAAGCGCGCACGCACGACGUUCCCGACCACCUCGGCCACGCCGCAGGCGUGGCGCAAUUGCUCCCAGCCCGGAUGCAAGUACACCGGGCCGGGCGACGCAGUCCAGCUGCACGAGCAGGACCGGCACCUGAUCUACCCGCCCGACUACAAGCCCGAGCGGAGCGAAGAGGAAGAGAAGUACCUCGCUGCGCGGGCGGCAGGCGCGCGCGCCCCAGUGAUCAGCGGCACUGGGAUCCGGCUCGAGACGGAGGAGGAUAUCGAGAAGUGGAGGGCGGAGCGGCGGGCCAAGUGGCCCACGGCAGCGCGCGUCGCCGAGAGGAAAGCGGAAAUCGACGCGGCGAUCGCACGAGGCGAGAAUCCACACCGGGCGAAACGUGCUGCAGACCCUGCGCGCGCGGCCGAGGACUGGGGACGCGAGGUUGUCGAGCGGGGAGACGGCGGGCGUGGGCGCGGGCGUGGACGGGGUGCCGAGCGCGGCAGGGGUCGGGGUGGUGCGCGUGGUGGUCGACCAGGUGCGCCUGCAGCUCCGGCUCCAUUGGUGGCCGAUAAGACGGACAAGACCGGAAAGGACGCCACGCUAGUCGGGUACGCCAGCGACUCGUCCUCCUCGUCGUCGUCGUCCUCGUCCUCUUCUUCAGACUCGGACUCCGAAUCCGACUCCGACUCAGAAGCAGGCGACGACGAGCCCAAGGCCGCGGAACCCGCUCCCGAACCAGCCCCAGUGCCGAAGGACACCCGGCCACCAUGCAAGUUCUUCGCCCGGAACGGCAAGUGCAAGAACGGCGACAAGUGCCGCUUCGCGCACGGCUCGCCCGCCACCAGCGCUGCACCGGCACAGGGCCCACCCAAGCCCGCGGCGCCACGCGCGCCAGUUCCCAAGAAGCCUGGCGCGUUCCAGCGCCCGUCGAUGCUCGGCGCGCUGCUGUCCCACCCGAUCGAGAACACGCUCUCGCAGCUCACGCAGACGAUCCGCUUCUUGGCCGCCAACGACUAUUUGCGCGGGGUCGAGGUCCGCCCUGGGGAGGCGGAGGAGGAGGCGCGGGAGAGGGGGAAGAUUGUCGUUGAGGGGGAGGGGGAGGGUGGGGCCGUUGAGGGUGGAGAGCGGGCCGACGAGCAGAUUGAGGCCGGCGGGAAGAUUGAGGCGGCGGCGGUCGAGCACUCCGCAACGUAG